CUCUUCCCAGGCUUCUCCCCCUCUGGAUACUUUUGUCCCCUUCCCAUCACCCUUGUACCUAUCUUAUUAUGAUUAUAAAGAAUGGUAAUAAAAGGGCACCGCCCUCGCUUGUUUUAGACUUGGUAGAGAGUAGGAGUAGAGCAACAAAAGAGAAGAGGAGUGAUGGAGAGUGGAGGCAGUGCAUUUUUGAGGCAGCUGAGCUCUGGUGGUGGGAGUGAAGGCUGGGACUACUACCAUUCCAAGGGUGGUUCUAAGAGGUGGGGAAAGAAGGGAAACAAAGGGAGGCAAAGGAUGGGAGUUGGAGGUGGAGGAGAGAUGAUGGUGGCGAAGAAGAGGGUGAUGGUGGUGAUAGACGAGAGCGCGCGGGCGAAGCACGCCAUGAUGUGGGCGCUCACCCACGUUGCCAACAAGGGUGACCUCCUCACCCUCCUCCACGUCAUCCCUCACCACCACCACCACCACCACCCCAGAGGCGGCGCCGGCGAGGAGGCUGCCCGGCUCGCCAACUCACUCGGCGCCCUCUGCAAGGCCUGCAACCCCGAAGUGGAGGUGGAAGCCCUUGUGAUUCAGGGACCCAAGCUGGCGACUGUCCUCAGCCAAGUCAGGAAGCUGGAGGCUUCUGUUUUGGUGCUGAGCCAGGGCAAGCCUUCCCCAUUUUGUUGCAUGUUUAGGAGCAGCAGUGAGGAUUUUGUGGAGCAGUGCAUUAACAAAGCCGAUUGUCUGACGCUGGCUGUGAGGAAACAGAGCAAGGGAGUGGGAGGCUAUCUCGUCAGCACUCGAUGGCAGAAGAACUUCUGGCUCUUGGCUUAAAUAACCUAGGCUUUGUGAUAAUCUCUCAGUUCUCUAACAAAAAUAACCUCUGCUGCAUCGUGCUCAUCUUUUGUAAAGCAAUCCCUGACCUGACCCCCAUCCCCAUUUGCCUCUGUUGACAUUUGCAAAUCAUUCUCUGUAACCUAUGUUGGACUCACUGUUUCCCAUUGUUAACAUGGCAUGUUCCAAGUUCAAUAUAUCAUGCAUCUGUUCAGUUAGGAGCA